CUAAAAGUCCAGUUGCCGCGGCCGGUGAUGGUCAUCGGCAAACAGCUCUACUCUAGCCUUCAUCAGCAGCCCGCACGCUUCAAGCACCGCCCCAGCGCCAUCCUUGCAGCCUGUCAACCAACUCGAAUCAACUUGUUCAACCGACCCUUCAUAGUUUCAGCCAGCUCCCAUGAGAAGUCAACAUCGAUUGGCAUGAAUUGGGACGAUCUCUCCGACGAGCGCAAAAUCCAGUGGCUACUGAAAUCUGGCUCAAGUGAAGAAAAAUGGGGCUGGGUCAUCUACCGAUGCAGCUACAAGCCGGAGCUCCAGAGUACCUGGGAAAGUUUUAAGCGUUUCGUCGAUGACAAGACGCGCAAGGAAAUCGCCGACAAGCUAGACUGGGUCUUUGUCGAGGACCCCGAGCUCGAAGGCGCCUCACUGGAUGAAUUGAAGCGCAGGUUCAGAGCGUGGGCGCGCUCUGAGGUUCAAGGAGAAUACGACAUAGAUACUACUUCUUAUAACCGUGGUUCGAGGCACGGGUACUUUAUCCAAGUAGAUGAAGCCGCACUGCUCAGUUUAGUCAAAGGUUUGUCAAAUGGGCAUGUGAAUAUUGUCCGGGGAUGGGUGGAUUCGCUGCCGCCUGAGGAGGCGACGGAUGAGUUUGGUGAUGCUAUUGGCAUUGAGGACUGGAUGAAGAUCCGGGCAAGCAUGGUUGCGCCCUAUUUUUAUAUCGACUUGGAUGACGAGGAAGCUUGGUAUGUGCAUUAUUCUCCACCGCCGAAUGGCCUGUGUAUAUGGUAG